CCAUGUGGAGGAUCCCAGCACUAUGGCUUCCGAUGCUACUACUGGGAGUUGAGGUGAGAGAGAGACUACACAAUAUGUGUGUGUGUAUGUGUGUUUUUAUCAUAUUAGAAACUGAAAAGGGUCUGUUAAACAUAUCCAACAGGUGUGCCACUGUGAAGAUGUGGGGGACAUGCUGGAAUCAGAGGAGGUGCCUAUCAUGCCUGUGUCAACCACAGUGACCCGCAGCCAGAUCCUCUCAGCUCAGUUUGAGUGCUACCUAAAGAUUAUCCAUGACUCACCACGCAAUGAAGAUGGUGAGGCACUACACACAUGCAACAGUGGAGGCUCCUCAGAGGAGGAAGGGACGGACCAUCCAACUCAGUGAAUUUCAUACAAAUAAAAAUAGUGAAACAUUAAAAAAGUUGUCCUUUUUAGAUAAAAACAAUACUAAAUAUUUUCAUAGGUCACCAAAUAGCUGAUUAAAACACACUGUUUUGCAAUGAAGGUCUACGGUAGCCUCAACAGCACUCUCUAGGGUAGCACCAUGGUAUACCCAUAGGACAGCUAUUUUCCAUCCUCCUCUGGGUUAAUUGACUUCAAUACAAAACCUGGUAGGCUCAUGGUUCACGCCCCUUCCAUAGACUUAAACAGUAAUUAUGACGACUUCCGGAGGACAUCCUCCAACCUAUCAGAGCUCUUGCAGCAUGAAUUGACAUGUUGUCCAUCCAAUGAAAUUAUCAGAUAAUUAAUCUAGUACUGAAAGCAUAAACUACAACUAGCCAGCACUGCAGGGCAUAACAUGUGGUGAGUAGUUGACUCAAAGAGAGAGAAAGACAAUAGUUGAACAAUUCCUUUAUUCAAAAAUUAAGGAGAAGCAGGAGAGAGAGAGAGCUAGCUAUAUUUCGUUGUAUUUUUUUGUUCUUCUUAGUUUACCUUUCACUUACUUAGCUAGCUAAUGCAGCUAAUUUAGCCUACUCAACAACCUGACUUAAACAGAGAGGAAUGCUAUUAAUGUUAGCUUGCUGGCUAAGGCUAUCCAACACUGCAACGCAAGGUAAGCUUUCCUUUUUAUAAAUGUAUUGCCACUGGGCCCCGCCAGUGUAACUGCUAAACUGCUUGCUGUACACUGUUCUGUGUGAUUGUACACAUGGAUUGGAUUGUGGAGUUGGGGAGUAACUGAUUGCAUGUAAUCUGUUAUUACAAAAAACGAACUGUAGUCAGUUACAUUACACACACAAAUAUUGUAAUCAGAUUACAGAUACUUAAAAAAAACUAGAUGAUUACUUCUUGGAUUACUUUUAAAUUCAGAAAGGAUGUUUGUUCAAUUCAGCAUUGAAGAAAGGCGCAAGUUUAAGUUUGUUCCACCUGAGCGAGUCUGACCACAAGUCAGAGACCACUAUGAUGACACACCAAGUGUGUUUGAUGGAUCCUUUUUAUUUUCUUUUAAUGCCUCUUAAGGGGACAGUAAUCACAUUAUAUUACUGAGUUUUGGUAAUCCAAAAGUUAUGUUACUGAUUACAAUUUGUUGUGUUGUGCACUGAAAUCCACAAUCAAAGGGAAAAGGUGAGAAGAGUCCAGCACGUAGAUGUGAGAAGGAAUUAUACUAUCGAAGUGAUGAUGCUUUAUGUGGCUGCUAUGAAAGUGCUAUAAAAAAGGGGUGUAUUCAUUCCGCCGAUUCUGUUGCACAACGUUUAACGGAAGCAAACGGAACGAGAACGGGGAUGGACCUAGUUGAACUUGUUUUAAUUUUGCAACUGUUUGGACUAAUGAUUACACCGCAGAUCAGCUAGAUGCAGGCAAGAGUGUACAAGGCGGUAUUUAAUGUGUCACUGUCUGUCACCUAGAUUACUCCAACUUGUCUCAUAACCUGUGCACCUAUGUUAUAAACUUUAAUUUGUAGUCUAGGUUGUAGUAACCUCAUGAUGGGUAGAGGGCAAAUUCGAGUAUCAUGUAGUAGCCUAAACCUAUCGAUGUUACAUUGAGCUGGGUGAAAGGAAUAUGAAUGACAGUCAUCCAAUAUGCUGUAAUAGAAAUAAGGCCAUGCUCAUAAAAAAAAAAAAUCUCCCUAGUCUAAAGCCAGACACACUGAUGCUCUGCAGACUGGCUCACCUCCAAACAACUUAGAAACAAAUGUACUGCUUCCAUAAAAAGGAAUAAAUCAAACCAUUUCAUUAAUUUAAUUUCUGGCCCUCGUGGAGAUCCAGCUAAGUUUUGGAAGGCUAUUAAAUCGCAAAAAAGAAGCCACACUUCUCUGCCCAAUGAGGUUCUAUUUAACUCCAAUACUAUUACAGACAAAACUGAAAUAACUGAUGUGUUUAACCAACAUUUUAUUGCAGCAGGCCAUUUAUUUGAAAGCUCAUCACUGUUCAAUCACAAACUUGCCUGCUAAUGUAAUGUAAAUGGUGACCCACUGUUCUCUCUUCGGUAACUCACUACUAGGGAAGUUCUGGACGCUCUCUUAUUUAUGUAAAAAAAUCCACUGGGGCAGACAUGCUUUACCCAUGCCUUCCACGGCUUGCUGCACCUUGACACAUAUUUUUUAUCUAUCCAUUCUCUUGGGUAUUAUUCCUAAGGUGUGGAAGGCGGUCCUUGUUCUCCCGCUCCACAAAGGUGGUGAUCCUUGCGAUCUUAAUAAUUAUUGCCCAAUCUCAAAAUAUUUGAACACUUGGUAUAUUCUCAGAUGCUGUCCUUUUUUGAUAGAAAAUGUAUUCUGAAUGCUCACCAGUCAGGCUUUAGGCUAGGACACAGCACCAUCUCGAAUGCUUUUCUAGUCGUAAAUUACGUAGUUAACACACUAGACAGGAAAGAGCACUGCGCUGCCCUUUUUAUUGAUCUGUCGAAAGCAUCCGAUAUAGUUGAUCAUGCACUCCUGCUACGGAGGCUAUCUGAAGUUGGUCUAGACCAAGCGGCCUGCGUCUGGUUCAAAAAUGACCUGCAUGACAGAAGUCCGUGUAUAUCUGCUGAUGGAGUUCAGUCAAAUGUUCUGAACAUAACCAAAGGAGUGCCACAAGGCUCAAUACUAGGCCCUUUACUGUUCUCUAUUUACAUUAAUAAUUUUGGUUUGUCCCUGAAUAAUAAUAACUGGGGCUUACAUAUCUAUGUGGAUGACACAGUUAUUUAUUCCUGUGUCCCCUCAGUGCAGCAGGCCAUUCACAACCUUCAGCGUGGCUUUGAUUCAAUUCAAGAAUUGCUCACCAAUCUUAAAUUAGUGCUAAUUGUUGAUACAUUUAUCCUAAAGACCUGCAUAUCUGUACCUUGAGAGGAGCCCAAAUUGAGCUAGUCCCCCAUUAUAAUUAUCUAGUUAUUUGGAUUGACGAUAAGCUGUCCUAUAAAAACACACAUUGAUAAGCUGACUAAAAAGUUGCGAGUAACGGAAGACACUCCUCCCAGUAAUUGACUAUGGCAACACAAUCUACAUGCACCCGGCAGCCUCUGUAUUAAAACCUCUAGAUUCAGUCUACCACUCAGCCUUGCAUUUUAUCACUGGUGGGAAUUCCGUACGCAUCUUUAUCUCUUAUAUAGUUCUGUUGGCUAGGAGUCUCUGACUAAAAGAAGAGCCCAACAUUGGCUAUUAUUUGUAUAGAAAGCACUAUAAGACUCGCUCUCAAGACCGGUUAGUACUAAAGGUUUCAUGGGUCUCCUGAGUUAGGGAAGACAGCUUUCAGUUACUAUGCCCCUCCGUCCUGGAAUGACCUACAGGGCACUCUAAAACUUGAUUCUUUGGUCACAAAAGGUGAAUUUAGGGCUCUGAUAAAAAAUGUGACCAAUGAAAACUGCACUUGUUUUUUGAUUGACUGUAUAUAUUUGUUUCUACUGCCCUUUUGAACGGAAUGUAGUCUAUUUGAAAUGUUUUAACUGUAAUUUUGUAGUGAUCAUGCUUGAAUUGUUGUUCACAUUGCUUAACUGUUGUUCUCAGGGCACCAUUGGAAAUGAGACCCUGGUCUCAAUGGGUUCUCCUGGUUAAAUACAGGUUAAUAAUAAAAAAUAAAUGGCACCGACCACCACUGACAUGCACCCACAUACACACUCACGCACGCAUAAUAGCAGAGCGGAGGAGUAGUGCAGGUCAGGAGAGAAAUAGCGAGAAGGGAAGUGACUAACCUCAGGUCUGAAAGGAGGGAAGUGGUCUUUGUCUCCAAGCUGCCCCCGUUACUGGAGCUCAGUAAAUAACAGCCUUUGAAAUGCUAUUUUGCGCUGUAUUUCCCUACAUGCAACAACCUGGACACAGACUUCCUUGUAUUGUUUACUAGGAAUGUAUUUAAAGUGAUAUGUGUUUGCAUAUGUAGCUGUUUCUCUCAGCUGUUUUAUAUCAUUCAUUUUGAAGGGACAUUCUAGGUGUUUGUUUUUCCCAUCUGUUUUUCAUUUCUCUAUUGGCUUUUGCGUCACAUUCAAAGGAAAUAAGAGACUGUUGUUUUCAGUUUGUCUUAGAAAACGACCCAACACAGUAUUUUAAAAUGAGUGUGAAAGAUUUAUACCUAGGUUUUUAGAACUGUUCUUUGAUCACUAAUAUAAGUAACAUAAGUCACUCUACCUGUAUAUGUCCAUGAUAUAAUACACAGUUCAGAGUUAACUACGGCAAUGAACCUAAACAUUUUGAAACAUUAAACGGUUGCAUUACUAUAAUACACUGCAAACAGCUGCUCCUCCCUCUUUGCCCCCUGCAGGCACAUUCUGUAACCACACGUGGGAUGGCUGGCUGUGUUGGAGUGACUCUGCCCCUGGCACGGCCACGCAGCUCUGCCCUGAGUACUUCCAGGACUUUGACCCCUCAGGUGAGCCAGCCAGUGAGCCACACAUCUCAUUCAUAAUCACAAUUCAACUGACUUGAUCUAUAUACUGAUGAUGCCCUACCUGAAAUGUUUUAUGUGACAUCCAUCCUCUCCCUGUGUCCAUUCAAACAGAGAAAGCGACCAAAGUGUGCAACUUGGAUGGACAGUGGUUUCGUCACCCUGAGAGCAACCGUAUUUGGUCCAACUACACCCAGUGUCAGAUGUACACCAAGGACAAACUGAUGGUAUACUUCUAAGCCAAGUAGUUUAGCAAUUCUGACAGUGGCUAACACAUUUCUAUUAGAGUCAAUUUAGUGAUUGUUGUUGUCAACGUCUCUAUAUUGUGUCCACUUAGUUAAAGAAGUGAAUUAAUGCUUCCUCUUUCCUUUCCCUUCUCUUCUUGCCCAGUUUGCGUUCAGCUUGUACUACUUGGCCAUUGUGGGACAUGGAUUGUCUGUGGUAUCCCUCAUCAUCUCACUCUGCAUCUUUUCCUACUUCAAGUGAGUCAUGCAUUGUUUCCUCUAUGGACCAACUGAGGCAGAUAGCCUACCGUUGUGCUCUGAAUGUCACAGUGUACCUUUUCACUUCACAUCCUCUAAUCAAAGUGAUUCUGUUGGUGAUGCUCUUCCUACACACCGAGCCCUCUAUUCUAAACAGAGGUAUUUGGUUCUUCCUACAUUGCCAAUUUGAAUUCACAAUAUUUGACUACUAUUGCUACACCAUGAAGUGGAAAAGUGAAAAAUUGUCAAAAGGACAUAGCAAGUCAAAAUAAAUAAAGUUAUCCUAUGACCUUAGAGUUGUGUCCCUCUGUUCUAAUCCUCCCAUUAGGAGUCUGAGCUGCCAGAGGAUCUCCCUCCAUAAGAACAUGUUCCUGUCCUUUAUCUUCAACUCUAUCUGCACCGUUAUCUGGCUCUCUGCUGUAGCCAACAACCAGCAGCUGGGGGCCAGCAACCCUGUAAGUAAUGUACGCCUCUGCCAUCAAGGGGAUUACCCUAAACAUGAAUGGCUACUGGUUGAACUCAUGAAGUUGGUGAAGAUUUUGAAGUGCUACACUCCACAAUGUGUGUCAAUGAGUGGCAGUGACAACUUGAGAAAGUUUGCAUUUGUUCUGCACAAAAAAACAACCCCUGUCCUGAGGGUUGUCCCUGUGUUGUUCUCAGAUUGGAUGCAAGAUCCUGACAGUCCUGAACCAGUAUAUGUUUGGCUCCAACUACUUCUGGAUGCUGUGUGAGGGGAUCUACCUGCACACUCUCAUCAUCGUGGCUGUGUUUGUGGGAGAGCAGCAGCUGGGCUGGUAUUAUGUCCUGGGUUGGGGUGAGUGACUGACUGCUCUAUGUUCUGCUCCGCUGUCUGACAUUCAUUGUUGUUUCAGCAUCCUUUUCCCCUAUCACAUAAUGUUGAAUAUGUCUUCUAUGCUUUCAUAUCUCUACAUUAUGUAUCAUGUAAUCUAUGAAGGCCUUAUGGAAGCUCAUGACAGUCUUGGGCUGCAGUCCAAACACGUUCAUUUUACCCCCUCAGCCCUCGUGCUAGCCACUUUUCCUUGGGGGAAAUUGUUAAACAAAUCAAAAUAUUUGCCUUGAUGACAGCUUUGCACACUCUUGGCAUUCUCUCAACCAGCUUCACCUGGAAUGCUUUUCCAACAGUCUUGAAGGAGUUCCCACAUAUGCUGAGCACUUGUUGGCUGCUUUUCCUUCACUCUGCGGUCCGACUCAUCCCAAACCAUCUCAAUUUGGUUGAGGUCGAGGGAUUAUGGAGGCCAGGUCAUCUGAUGCAGCACUACAUCACUCUCCUUCUUGGUAAAAUAGCCCUUACACAGCCUGGAGGUGUGUUGGGUCAUUGUCCUGUUGAAAAAUAAAUUAUAGUCCCACUAAGCCCAAACCAGAUGGGAUGGCGUAUCGCUGCAGAAUGCUGUGGUAGCCAUGCUGGUUAAGUGUGCCUUGAAUUCUAAAUAAAUCACAGACAGUGUCACCAGCAAAGCACCCCAACACCAUAACACCUCCUCCUCCAUGCUUUACGGUGGGAAAUACACAUGCGGAGAUCAUCCGUUCACCCACACCACGCCUCUCACAAAGACACGGCGGUUGGAACCAAAAAUCUCCAAUUUGGACUCCAGACCAAAGGACACAUUUCCACCGGUCUAAUGUCCAUUGCUCGUGUUUCUUGGCCCAAGCAAGUCUCUUCUUCUUAUUGGUGUCCUUUAGUAGUGGUAUCUUUUCAGCAAUUCGACCAUGAACGCCUGAUUCACACAGUCUCCUCUGAACAGUUGAUGUUGAGAUGUGUCUGUUACUUGAACUCUGUGAAGCAUUUAUUUGGGCUGUAAUUUCUGAGGCUGGUAACUCUAAUGAACUUAUUCUCUGCAGCAGAGGUAACUCUGGGUCUUCCAUUCCUGUGGCAGUCCUUAUGAGAGCCAGUUUCAUCAUAGCACUUGAUGUUUUUUCGACUGCACUUGAAGAAACUUUCAAAGUUCUUGAAAUGUUCCGUGUUGACUGACCAUCAUGUGUUAAAGUAAUUAUAGACUGUCGUUUCUCUUUGCUUAUUUGAGCUGUUCUUGCCAUAAUUUGGACUUGGUCUUUUACCAAAUAGGGAUAUCUUCUGUAUACCUCCCUAUCUUGUCACAACACAACUGAUUGGCUCAAACGCAAACUUUUAAGAAGGAACACCUGUUAAUUGAAAUGCAUUCCAGGGGACUACCUCAUGAAGUUGGUUGAGAGAAUGCAUCUGGCCCUUCAUUGGACACUGUGUUAACAAACCUCCAAAUGAGCUUCAAUGCCAUACAACACUCCUUCAGUAGCCUCCAACUGCUCUUAAACACUAGUAAAACUAAAUGCAUGCUUUUCAAUCGAACGCUGCUGGCACCCGCCCACCCGACUAGAAUCACCACUCUCGACGGGUCUGACCUAGAGUAUGUGGACAACUACAAAUACCUAGGUGUCUGGUUAGACUGUAAACUCUCCUUCCAGACUCACAUUAAGAAUCUCCAAUCCAAAGUUAAAUCUAGAAUCGGCUUCCUAUUUCGCAACAAAGCCUCCUUCACUCAUGCUGCCAAACAUGCCCUCGUAAAACUGACUAUCCUACCGAUCCUUGACUUCGCCGAUGUCAUUUACAAAAUAGCCUCCAACACUCUACUCAGCAAAUUGGAUGUAGUCUAUCACAGUGCCAUCCGUUUUGUCUCCAAAGCCCCAUACACUACCCACCACUGUGACCUGUACGCUCUUGUUGGCUGGUCCUCACUACAUGUUCGUCGUCAAACCCACUGGCUCCAGGCCAUCUAUAAAUCACUGCUAGGCAAAUCCCCGCCUUAUCUUAGCUCAUUGGUCACCAUAGCAGCACCCACCCGUAGUCUGCGCUCCAGCAGGUAUAUCUCACUGGUCAUUCCCAAAGCCAACACCUCCUUUGGCCGCCAUUCCUUCCAGUUCUCUGCUGCCAAUGACUGGAACGAAUUGCAAAAAUCUCUGAAGCUGGAGACUCUUAUCUCCCUCACUAACUUUAAGCAUCAGUUGUCAGAGCACCUUACCGAUCACUGCACCUGUACACAGCCCAUCUGAAAUUAGCCCACCCAACUACCUCAUCCCUAUAUUGUUAUUUAUUUUGCUCUUUUGCACCCCAGUAUCUCUAUUUGCACAUAAUCUCUUGCACAUCUAGCAUUCCAGUGUUAAUACUAAUUGUAAUUAUUUUGCACUAUAGCCUAUUUAUUGCCUUACCUCCAUAACUUGCUACAUUUGCACACACUGUAUAUAUAUUUUCUGUUGUAUUUUUGACUUUAUGUAUUUUUUUUUAUACCCCAUAUGUAACUCUGUGUUGUUGUUUUUAUCGCACUGCUUUGCUUUAUCUUGGCAAGGUCGCAGUUGUAAAUGAGAACUUGUUCUCAACUGGCUUACCUGGUUAAAUAAAGGUGAAAAAAAAAAAUAAAAAUGCCAAAAGUGUGCAAAGCUGUCAUCAAGGCAAAGGGUGGCUAUUUGAAGAAUCUCAAAUAUAAAACAUAUUUUGAUUUUUUAACACUCUUUUGGUUACUACAUGAUUGCAUAUGUGUUAUUUCAUAGUUUUGAUGUCUUCACUAUUAUUCUACAACAUAGAAAAUAGUAAAAAUAAAGAAAAACCCUUGGAAACUUCUGACCGGUAGUGUAAAUGAAAUUGAUUUUAGCGUUGGCAAAUGGGAAUGAUGCUCAAAUUGGCUUAGUCUCAUAGUGAGAAGCCUAUAAAACAUAGUUAGCUUCAUAAACAUAUUGUUCGGAAUUUUGAAAUGUAUUGGAAUAAAUGACCAAACUAUAAAUCUAGCUAGCCAUCUAUGGGUAACUGUAGCUAGCUACCUGACAGGAGUGCUAGCUAGCUACGUUAGCAUGCUAGGUACAUUCAUAGCUUUAGGUUGGAUGUUUUUAAGCUCAACUUCAAAAUUUCCACCAAGGACAUUGCAUGUCUCUUCCUCGCUUGGGCAAGGGACAUUUAAGGUACACUCGGAUGUGACGAUGUAAAACGUCAUUCAAGGGCUGAGGGUUUAGGGUCGAGGGCUGUCUACUUUGCGUUUGGACUGCAGCCAUGGACUCCUCUCUCUCUCCCAGGCUUCCCCAUCAUUCCUGCCAUCACACAUGCUGUGGCCCGCGGGCUCUUCUAUGAUGACAGGUAAUGUGUCACAACUCCCUCUGAAUAAUAUGCUACUGUGCAUAAUAGUGGCAGAGGUUGACAGUGCACUGUAUGCUGCAUUAGUACACUGCAUUAGUAUGCUGCAUCCUGUCAGUUACAAUACUGUAAAUACCCAGUAAAGCUCAGAAUCUUAUUUUACUGUCUCAGUUGAGUUUAGACUUGUCUCUCCUUGUCUCCCAGAUGCUGGAUCAGUUCAGACACACACCUGCUCUACAUCAUCCAUGGCCCUGUUCAUGCUGCCCUGCUGGUUAGUCUGCACUACAAAAACAAUAAAAAAUAUGUAACAAAAACAGAAACCAAAGUGUACAGUGUGCUCAAAUUCUAUCCCUCCUCCUCUGCUCCUCUCUCUGGCCGUCUCCAGGUGAACCUGUUCUUCCUACUCAACAUAGUGCGUGUGCUGAUCACCAAGCUGCAGGUGACCCACAGUGCAGAGUCCAAUGCCUAUAUGAAGGCUGUGCGAGCCACUCUAAUCCUGAUACCUCUGCUGGGAGCCCAGUUCAUCCUGGUUCCCUGGAGGCCAGAGGGACGAAAGGCCAGGGCCAUCUACGAGUUCAUCAUGAACAUCUUUGCACAUUUCCAGGUAUGGGUGUUUUUUUAUUAAAAGCAAAUGUGAUAUAACCUUUCAACACCCAAUAUCCACAAGAGAUAUAAGGCCAUUACAGAAUGUUUAAUCUGGAGGAAUGUUCACUGAAUAAUUAUUCCUUUAUAGGGACUCCUGGUCGCAAUUAUAUUCUGCUUUUGUAAUGCAGAGGUAAGUGCCAGCAUUUCUUAAAAGGCUGAUGAUUACCCUGAGUCUAUCUUUUCAUUUAGGAAUAGAAUCAUUAUGUCAUUCAAGAAUUCUCUAUAUAUUUGUUUGCCAGUAUUUACUGAUAAGGUUCAAGCUCGCAUUUAUGUUGCUCUUAAACCACUCUGUCUUUGGUUCCACAGGUGCAGGCAUGUCUUAGGAGGAAAUGGGCCCAGACCAAGCUGGUGUGGAAAUGGACAGAUUCCUACUCCCACUACAACACCAACUCCUCUGUGACUGAGAUGAGUCGUGCUACAGUCAGCCUGGAGCUCACCGCUUCUGAGGAGGACACCAUCAUUAAGCCAGGUGGUAGUGUGCACUACCGAGCCAAUGGACAGAGCAACGGCAAGCGCUGCACCACUAGGGAGAUGGACACGCCCAGGAUCCUGGAGACCACUGACAUCUGAGAGCAUUGCAUUGUCCCUUCCCAUAGGCAUCAUCACGUUAUGCUGGUCACAAACAGGCUCACUUAACUCACAGCAUGGCCACAGACAAUUGGUCAGAGCAGAAAAAGGGGGUCAUGACCUCUUGCGUCACCGUAAAUGUUGGAUCACACACACGUGGUAAGAAUAUCCGCACAAAUGUGUACAAGAUACACAUGCAAGCACAAACACACAACAUAACAACACAGACAAAGACACAUAUACACACAUCUGAUAAUGAAUGAGCAGUUUAUAGGGUCCAGUUGAAACCUUGCUGACAAGUAUUCACCCCAGAUGUAUAUACAUUUCACUGUAGCUUCUCACUGUUGCUCAUGUUGGCCUUAGACACAAGACAUUAUGGAACAAAUCCAGUGAUACAAGGAUCCAAUGAAGAGGGCUAUCUCUGGCAAUGUUUGAUCUUGGCCUUCAAUGCGGAUUAGUGUCUGAUGUAAUCGUUUUCUGUAGGCCUAUUGUACCAUUUGUACAGUAUAUAAGCACUCUUAUAUUUCAUUAGUUUAUUUCACUCUGACACUCCUUAUAUUGUUGAAAUUUGGAUCCGUAUUUUUGAUGUCACUUUAAUGAUGUGGAACUUAUUAUUGAAUUGUGUGUUGCAUAAGCUUGCCUUUUUAGAACCAUGAAAUGACUUGGCAUAGUUCUGACUGCUGAAUGUUGAGUUCUCAGAGGCAAGUAAGAUGACUGUGACAGUGAAUAAGGCAUACAACACAAUGAGGAAAAGGGUGUCUGUGUGCUUUGAAACUCUAAUGGGAGAACCUAUGAUUCAGUGAUGUGGGGAUGCCCUAUGUCUGACAACACCCAAGACUCACUUUUUUAUCCAGUGUUAUUUUCUUACGGUUUUACAAAUACAAAUCUUGUUUAUUGAGUUGCUAUACACAAUAUAUGAAAAAUCAAAGAGGAUACAUGUACUGUGCCUUGCAAAAGUAUUCAUCCCCCUUGGCGUUUUUCCUAUUUUGUUGCAUUACAACCUGUAAUUUAAAUGGAUUUUAAUUUGGAUUUCAUGUAAUGGAAAUACACAAAAUAGUCCGAAUUGGUGAAGUGAAAAAAUAAUAAUAACUUGUUAAAACAAAUUUGUAAAAAUU